AUUAGUGUUACCGUAGUCCAUCAUUAUCUUUAUCUCCUUCCGUGUCAUUCUUUGAAACUUUCACUGCCUUUUGCUGUUCAUCUUUUCUUUCUUUUUUUUCUCCCUCUUCUGACAAUCUAUCUAUCAAGAGUUGAGGUUGAUCAACAGGGGAGGAUGGAGUUUUUCCAAGAACCAACUUUUACUGCUUUUCUGGCUCUUGUUUUAGCUGUUCUUGUUGCGAAGCUUGUUUCUUCUGCUGUUAAUUACUCCGGUGCUGGUGGAGGUGGUGACUCUGUUGGUUGCUCUGUCAAUGGAGGUGCAGUUGCCAAGAAAGAUGUGAUUUUGGAUAGAGGGUUGAGAGUUAGGAGUUCAAAAGGGAAGAAGAGAGUGAAGUUUGUUGAUGAGGUUGUCAUUAAGAGGGUUGAUCGUCAUGAAGGGUCUGAAAAUCUUGUGUUGUUGAAUGAUGUUGAGUCAGUGGGGGAAGUGACAAAGGUUGAAGGGAAGAGUGUGGAUGAGAAGGUCUUGGAGAAUGUUGAUCAGUUUGGAGAAAGUGAGGAUUCAGGAGGCGAAAUGAUUAAAAAACGAUGUUUUGAUGUGAGGGAGAUGGAUUAUGGUGAAGCCCAAGAGAAAGGGUCUGAGGAAAUGGAAAUGCUGAUUGAGAAAGGCUGUGAUGGUGUUCAUAUGGAUGGGGAUUUUGGUGGACAGGAGAAGACUUCAGAUAAAGGAUCUGAAAACGUUGAAAUGCUGAUUGAGAAAGAGUAUGGUGGUGAUGAUAUAGAUGAUGGGGUUUCUAACGAAAAGGAAAAGGCUUCAGUGACUGAUGUUGAAGAGCAGAAGAAUGAAGUGGAAUUGGAGAGUGAUGAUAUGAAAAUUGAUGAAAAAGAAGGAAAUAGAUUAGUGGGUUCUGGAGAGAAUGAGGGACUAGGUACAGGGGAUGUGGAGGAGGAGAAGCGCAAAGAGGGAGAUGAGAGGGUUGAUGAUGAUGAGGAUGAUGACUGGGAGGGAAUAGAGAGGAGUGAGUUGGAGAAAGUCUUUGCAGAGGCUGUUAAUUACCUGGGAUACGGAGGGAAGGGGAAGGACAAGAACGACAACUGGUUGGCAAAACUAAGUAGUGAUGUGCAGAUGCAACUGUAUGGACUUCAUAAAGUUGCCGUGGAAGGGCCUUGUCAUGAGCCUCAACCCAUGGCACUCAAGGUGUCGGCUCGUGCAAAAUGGAAUGCGUGGCAACGGCUGGGAAGCAUGGGACGGGAGGCGGCUAUGGAGCAGUAUAUUAGGCUACUCUCAGAUAGCAUACCUGGGUGGAUGCACGAUUAUGCUGAUGUUGAUGAUAUCCAGGGUUCUCCUAUACCAGAAACUGCAGGUAAAAUAGAGUACGAAAGGAAACCAGAACUGAGUGCCGCUCCUGUUGGUGAUUCUAACACUGGCGAAAGUUCUGUAGAGGAGCUGAAUCUGCAUUUUACCAGCACGUGGCUGCAAGGUAAUGUGGUAUUUUAUGGUUUAUCGAAAGCGCUGAAAUGUCAGUCCCCUGUUUAAUUAACUAAAACUGAAGUCCAAGAAAUUAUCGCCUCUGCUCUUAUAAUUUCACUUCAGCCUCCUCAAUUUGAACCUUAUUUCUAAAGAACUACAUUUGCCGUCUGGGAUUGAUAUGCUUCAUGCAAAGCUCAUUGUACUACUUUUACGCUUUCUUUGAUUGUGAACUAUGAGGAGAUUGCUCUCAUUUCUUCAUAUAUUACUACAAAAUGCUAUCUAAAUAUCCUUUCUGCCAAGCAAAAAGAUUACCAUCAACCU